AUGAGUAUUGAUGCAGAGCUGGAUCACAUUUUGUCUAUAGUUCUUUCCCUAGAAGAGGACUACCCUACAUUACUGCUUCCACAGAAUGUUUGUAACAGUACUUGUUCCAGUGGUGUCCUUGGGACUUUUCCUGACAUUUAUCCACAUGCACCAAGUCAAAUGGCUCUUCAUAACACAGAUAUCCAAGAACAGACACAGGUGGUUCCCUGCUUAAUCUGGGGAACCCCAAAUGAGGCUCAGACAAGCAGAAUACUGGAUUCAAGUAGCACAGAUGAACUAAUGUAUGAAAUUCCAGGAGGAAAUAUCGAUAUCCCCCAUAACAAAAGGUCAUUUACUGGAGACAAUAAGGAGAAAGAAAGUUAUAAAAGGCAAAAAUGUGUGAGUGAUAUCAAUCAGCCAACAACCUCAAGGACCAGGUCAGCCAAAAGGACACAAUUCAGCGAAGAACAGACAACCUUCUUAUUGAAUCAGUUUAUACUAGACCCUUAUCCAGACUUUAUAAAAAGAUGUCACAUUGCAAAUAUAACACAAAUCCCAGAACCCAGGAUACAGGUGUGGUUUCAAAACAGAAGAGCAAGACAUCCUCAGAAAUCCAAGAAUCCAGACUGCAGAUUUGAUUUCUGA